UUCAAUUACAACCGUUAUGCUGCCGAAAUUUCGGUAGAAUUUGGAUAAAAUUUGAUAUAUAUAUAUAUAUUAUGUUCUGUUUUGUUUAGGGUCCACUCGCUCAACCGCCCUCAAGACGUGAUGUGUCAAAGGGGAAAGCUCCGAUGCUUUCUCCACAAGGCCGUGGUGCACGGGAAGAUGACUUGUUCACGGAAGAAAAGAUGGCGUUGAUCCCUAAUUCGCUAAAAUGGAUGAUUCAUGAAUUCCUGAGGCUCAAAGAUAAACGUGAUAUAAUCACAAUUCCUAUCCCCCGAGGAUUCAUUGCACCGCGUACCCAGAUCACGUUAUCUGGAGAGGAUUUGCAGCAGGUUGCUACGUGUGACUACAUCGGCAACCAGUGAAUGCUGUUUGGAAUGAUGCACAUAUGGGAGAGCAUCAACGGUCUGAGAAAAAUUUUCAAGUUUUACGACCCAGAGCUUCUCAUAGUGCAUGGGAUCAACGAUGAAGAAAAGAGUCAGUCUUUUGACGAUGCGGCAAGACGAUUGGCUAAUUGGUUAUCAUUAAUGAACAACAACCACCAAAUGUUCUUUAUUCCUUGGAAUAUCGGGAUGCAUUGGACGCUAGUGGUGGUUACGCCAAGGAAAAUUAUCCAUUUAAACCCUAUAAGUGGCCGCCCAAUUCCCGAAGUAAUAGAACAAAUGAUCGGAAGGUAAUAAUUUAAUGACUUCUUAUGUAACGAAUUUAAAUUAACUAACAAAUUGAAAU